ACUUCCUGUGGCGGUGGAGCCUGUAUUGUCAUAUCGGUGAGGAUGGCCCUGGAGACGGUGCCGAAGGACCUGCGGCAUCUGCGGGCUUGUUUGCUGUGCUCCUUAGUCAAGACCAUAGACCAGUUUGAAUAUGAUGGGUGUGACAAUUGCGAUGCAUACCUACAAAUGAAAGGCAACAGAGAGAUGGUUUAUGACUGCACCAGCUCUUCAUUUGAUGGAAUCAUUGCGAUGAUGAGUCCAGAGGACAGCUGGGUCUCCAAGUGGCAGCGUGUCAGUAACUUCAAGCCAGGUGUAUAUGCUGUGUCAGUCACUGGUCGCUUGCCCCAAGGAAUUGUGCGGGAACUGAAAAGUCGAGGAGUGGCCUACAAAUCCAGAGACACAGCAAUAAAGACCUAGCUAGGUGCAGGCCAUAGCAUCUUGUUCUCUACUCCUAUACUUGUUUUCUUGUGGAACUAAACAGGUGGGACCCCAAAGACUCCCCUGCCCUCCGUCUCAGGAUCAGCAGACUCUGUGGAAGCAGCGCAUCCGGCCUUAAGUCAUCUCACUGUCUGACCACUGGUGAAGUGUCUGGGUGGAUUCUCAGAGGCUGGAUCAGGAGAGUCAGAUGCUGAUUUCCCACCUCCGUUCAGAGUUUUGCCUUUGUCCAUGGGCAGGACUUUGGUGUAAUAACAAUAAAAUGAACCUUUGGAACAUACUUAAAAGGGUACUAAGGCCCGUGCCUUGUGUGCCUUUUUCUCUUACAGUGAGGCCUCACUUGCCUGGUGAGCUCUGAGGCAGCUCAGCUGACGUCCUCUCUCUGGCCUGCCUUUGAGGAGUACGGCUGCUCUGCUGUGCUUGCUGUUGUAUCAUGGGAAGACCUGCUGUCCUGUGCUGACUGGAAGUCAGUUCUGUCCUGUAAACCUGGUGCGCACCCUCUUUUGGAGGAAUCCAAGGCUCUGCCUUCACCCUUGACACUCUUUAACUUCUCUUUCUUCCUUUGUGUCUUCUCUUUGCUCUUGCUGUACCUUUGUCAGUCUCAGUUCACAUUCCCCUUGGUACCCUUAGUGGCUGCUGGGUCUUGAUCUGGGUUUUUGUGCUUCCAUGGAAACAGGCCCUCCUCUGGCUAAGAAGGGAGCCGGGGUAAUGUCACAUUGGCCAAUGUCGUUUUUAUAAUAAAACAUUUACCAGAUAGUCUCACUUAAAUCAUA